UAUGAACGUAGGUACCCAUGUUAGUGAUGAUUGUGUUACAGAAUUCAAUAAUCUGAAAUUAGGCAAACAAUAUAGAUAUGUUAUUUAUAAGUUAGAUAAAGAUUAAAAUGAAGUAAAUAUCAUUGUAUAUUCUUAAGAUUGUUGUUGAUCACAAGGGAGCAAGAGAUAGUACUUACGCUGAAUUUGUUAGUCAUCUUCAAAAUGAAGUAAAUUUAUUAUUUAAUCUAAAAAGUCCCGAUAUGCUGUUUAUGAUUAUCAUGCUUAAACAGAUGACGUUCCACCAAGACAAGUUGAAAAAUUGGUUUUUAUAUUCUGGUCACCAGAUACUAAUUAACCAGUAAAAUAGAAGAUGGCUUAUGCUGCAGGAAAGGAAGCAUUAAAGAAGAAGUUGAAUGGACUUUCUAAAGAAAUAUAAGCAAAUGAACCAUCUGAAGUAGAAGAAGCUGAAAUUAAAAAGACUGUAUUGAAUUGAU